AUGAAUAGCUUUCCAUUGGUUAAAAAUAAAUUUCAUGCACAAAAAUAUUUUACUGAUGAAACGACAACAAAAAAGUCAUCCGUCACACCUCAAUCCAGGCUCAAGAAUUCAUCUAAAUUAACAUUACCACAACAACCCACCACUAGUAAUAAGAGACCUUAUGACUUUCAGAACGUUAAUAUCGGUCCAAAAAUCCAAAAAUCUGAUGAAAUAUCGAGGUCAUCUACCAUCUAUCUUCAACCCAGGCCAAAGAAUUCUUCUAAUUCAACAUUAUUGCAACAACCUAACACCAGUAAUAAGAGACCUUUUGACUUUCAAAAGAUUGGUGUGAAUUCAAGAACCCAAAAAGUUGAUGAAAUGUCAAGUUCGUCUACCACACAACUUCAAUCAAAACUCAAGAAUUCUUCUAAUUCAACAUCUUUACAACAAUCUACCAAUAGUAACAAAAGAUCUUGUGACUUUCAAAACAUUAGUGCUGAUCCAAAAAUACAAAAGUCUGAUAAAAUGCCAUCUACUGUCCGACUUGUUUCACCCAAAAUAAAGGAUUCAUCUAAUUCAGCAUCAUUACAACAAUUUAAUACCAGUAAUAAGAGAUCUUAUAACUCUCAAAGUAUUGGUGUUAAAUCGAAAGUCCAAAGAUCUGAUGAAAUUUUAAAGAGAUCACCUGUUCAUCUUCAAUCCAAAUUAAAAAGUUCAUCUAACUCUAACUUCACAUCGUUACAACGAUCUUCUACCAGUAAAAAAAGAUCUUAUGACUCCGCCGAUUGUAUAUUUUCAAAAAUUCAACAAAAAAAUAUGAAAAGGUUACGAAAUUCAAGGAUAUCAUCAUUUUGUAAAAGUUCUAAAACAUUACCUUCACAAAAUCAAAAAUCUAUUCAAACGUCAUCUCAAAAGAAACACGCUAUUGCAUCAUCAUCAUUAUCAAAUUCAUCGGAUAAACAUAAAUCAAAAUGUCAGUCAAAAUGUUCUUCUUCAAUACAAUAUAUAUCAAAUGAAAUUCAACAUAAAGCUUCCUAUCCUUUAAUAACUACUUCCCAUAAACAAAAACCAAAUAAUACAAUUUCAUCUCAACGUUCUCAUAAAUCAAAUUCAAAAAAAUGGAAUGAAUCACAAACUAAUGAACAACAACUUGACAUAAUGAAGUAUUGGUUAAAUAAAUAUUUUAAAAGUAACAGAUUUGAUCCAACAAUAACUGAUUUAUUAAAUGGAAAACCUUGGAAUGAAAUUGAAGGAAAAUUAUUUUCUCAAUUUAUGCCGGAAUAUUUGUCACGUAGUGUCACACCCAUCGGUUCUUCAUUUUACUAA